AUGCAAUUUAGGACCGAUUUUGGCUCUCAGAUACAACACCGAGUCAAAGUCUGGACAAAGUUCAAGUUGAGAAUCAGAAUGGGGCAAACGAAAGCCGUUUCGGGAGCCUCGGUCCAUCGUCCAUCAGGUUUCACUUGGGUUUCAUGGAGACGAGCUUGGUCGGCGCUUCGGUCUCAACGGCCGGCGCCUAUUACGGAAGCAGCGGAAGUGGCGGAACCUAUUGCUGUUUUCGGAUUGGUUCACAAUGACCAAGUUCCCUCGCUCUUCCUCGACGGCCACCAGGUGCCUCUCCUCCAAGCUCGCUCUGCUUGCGACACCGGUUCCCCUGAAGCUCGAAUGGCGACUGGCGGCGGCAUACACCAAUUUUCAAACGCGAAGAAUGUCCACAUAGAAAACAGCACGUUUCUAAACAACUCAUAUCACAACUAUGUGAACCAUAUCAAUGUCUUCGCCCGCUCGGACGAAAUCAUGCGCCGAUUGCGGCCACCGCACUAUAUCAAAGACCCAUUCGUAGAGCAUCAACAGGCGCGGCUGGAAAGUACCUGCCAUUGGGCAAUUGAACAUCCGGUGAUCAGCCACUGGCUUGAAGCACAAGGGCCUCUGUGCAACCACCUCUGGUUGUAUGGAGGUCCCGGUACGGGCAAGAGCAUCCUCGCGUCCUUUCUUGUCGAACACAUCCGGAAAAGUCAUCAUGUUGGAAGCGAGAUUACUCUGUACCAUUUCAGCAAGGAGAACGAGGACAAGCCUGUCCAUGUCCUCAUGGACUUCAUCCGACAGAUCCUGCUGCGCGAAGACCGCCCAUUUCAUCCCAAGAUGGACUUUUUCGUCAAGUGGGUGACCGACGAGAGGCAGGACUACCAAUUCAGCUUGGAGCAGAUGGCACCCUUUUUCUGUGAUUUUAUUGACAUGUUCCAGGGCAAAUGGCUGGUUAUGGACGGCUUAGAUGAGUGCCAAGAUGUGAUUGCAUUGCUGAAAGUGUUCUCCAAGGUCACAAACGCGAAAAUUCUUGUUCUGAGCCGGAAAGAGCGCUACAUUGAGGCCGAACUUCAAGAUUGGCCGAAACUCGAAAUCGGCGGCACAUCGGAAGCUACUACCGAGGGCGACCUAGAGUCUUUCGUCCGCGAGCAGGUUGACGGCCUCGUCGAUGACUACGGUAUUCUGGAAUCUGAAUCCGAGCGUCUCAAGAACAGCCUUUUAUUAACCUCAGGCCACAUGUUCCUAUAUGCACGUUUCAAGUGCGAGAUGAUCAGGAAUUCCCGGCCCUCCACACAAGACCACGUCGAGAAGAUCAUAACUUCCCUUGAAACCAGCCCUGCAAGUCUAGCAGUGGUAUACAACAAAUACCUUACCCAGCACCUCUCCGACAACCUGCCCUACGAGAACGAAAUCGCGCUCCGGACGCUUCAAUGGAUCAUUUAUUCCCCACAACCCGUCACCCUCAACCUCCUGCGGCAAGUCCUCGCUAUUGACAUUUCCCAGGACGAAGGCAUCUCUCCGAACAACGUACCACACGACGUCAAGUCUGUCAUCUCCAACGCAGUCGGCAUCCUCGUCGACUGGCGCCUCGGCGACCUCGAAUACUACCGGGCCGAUCAUCAGCAUCCAGGACAGACGUAUUUUGCGAGCCUCGCGCACCACUCGAUCCGUGAAUUCCUUGUUGGCCUCACCCCAGAUGCGAUUCCGGAGCAAUGGAGGUCCUUGGACAUUCCAUACGGGUCACUUUUGCCUUCCGCAGCCAACUCGAGCAUCCUCCUCUCGUGCAUCUAUGUUACAAGAGGCGCUAAGGUCUGGGACACCCUCCAGGCGUACCAUGACUCUGCGGACCAGAGACGAAGAGUCUGCCCGAGCGAUCGUAAACGACUCGGGCGACAGCUGUGCCUGAACAAAUCCUGGGAUUUGUGGGAGGAGAAGCAGCGGCAUCGCCUUGUGAAGGACAGGAACUGGAGGAAGACGGAGAAGGCACGCCUCGUGGCUGAGGUGCAGGAUAUCGGGGAGGACUGGGGGAUGUUGAAAUUGGAGUGGGUGCAGCAUUCUGUCGAAAGGCUGAGGUUGAUCCAGGAGGCAGAGGAGCCCUACGCGAGGGACUGGGAGCACAAGACUCUGACGAGCCUAAUGGCGAUGAGGGAACGCGACCCGAUGUUAUACGCCUUUGCCCACGUCGGGCACCACUUGUCCGAAGCGAAGCCUUUUCGAGACGCGUUUCUGACGACGAACUUCCUCCAACUAACGCGAAGGUGGAAGCGCUACGCGUAUACCGUCCUCAAGAAGAUCUCUCGAAGCACACGGAAGCACCGCAACAUGAUUUACACGCGAGACACUAUCCUCGCGCUCGAAUCCUUCCUGGACAUCCUGGAAAGCAUCGAACAGCUUUCCCGAUCUUUGCCCUUUGAUCGUCCUCCGCCUUGGACGCACACCCUCCGGUCUACCCUCCGUUCUUACUUUACCCUCUAUGCUCCUCCAUCAAGUCCCUGUCCGCGGUUCUCUGACAUCUGGACACCCUCGCUGGCCUCCUCCCUCUCUCAUACUCGUCGAUCGCACCUACACCGCCUAUUCACCCAUACCACCCACCUCAUCGCCUCCCUAUCCUUCAUCGAAGCCUCCGUAUUCACGUACGAUGCAGAAAUCGAACCCCUCAUCGGUUCAGGCAUCCUCUUGCAUGCCAUCCGCUUCUGCAGACACACUCUUGCGCAGUGGGCCGUCGUCCAAGCCCUCAACCCGCAGUCCGACCCGAGCGGCCUCAAAAUCGAAAUAGAUGGCCAGGUUAUGAAGAAUGAUCAUUAUUUGUUCCCAAAGCUCCUAAGGACGGAGGUGAUCCCCGGUGUGGAAGCAAAGCCACCUGUAAAUAAGGACACGCCACUCUCUGAACGGCCGGAGCGAUUUGGGCUGACGCUGUUGGUAUGUGGGGUACUGGGGUAUUGCAACGCGCGGCUCCUCCAGUUAGCGGUGAUCUUCGCGCAUCUGUCGAAAACGCGGAUGAGACGCUACAGCUUUCACCCGCCGAGCGAGUCGUCUUUCUACCUCCGAGUGGUGGAACGGUGCUCGCCGAUUCCUGUGCUCGCGCAGAUCUUCGGAUUCUCUUUCAGCGCAUCGCUAGUUGUGGUCCUGCCAAUCCUAGCUCUCAACUGGGUCUGCAGGGAUGCUUUGGAGGCCGAAAUCCUGCUUGCCACAGGUCCCCAGAUUGGGCUAGCGAUUCAAUGGCUGCACGCAAACCCAGACCUCGUUUUGUCUCUCUACAACAGCUGUGGACCCUUUGGUCUUGCAACACAGCUCAAUAUAUGCAUUGUCUACCUCAUCUUCAGGCAGAUUAUGUGUGCGAUGAUCGACCCAGUCGAGAUUCAUCGCGUCCUCGCCCUCUAUCAAGCACAAGUUUCCAUCGAAGAUUCUGUGGUUGUUUUGGCUAAGAAGUCAGCGACGAGUGCUUCAAAAAACCUGCCCAGUCCAUAG